CCCCAAACCUCUGGGGGCGGUCGAGGAAGGCUAGACCCCAGACCCAGCCCUCGCAGAGCCCGCCCGGCCCCGCGCUGGCGGGUCCCAGACCGCGGCCCCGGCAUCCUAAAAAGAGGAGCAGGCCUUGUCCCAGCUAGGACGACGUUAGCCACCCAUGGGACACUGUCAUCAAAGCUGCCAUGAGGAAGUACCCGAAUCCGAUGAACCCCUGUGUCGUGGGAGUUGACGUGCUGGAGCGCAGUGUGGAUGGCCGGGGCCGGCUUCACAGCCACCGCCUCCUCAGCACUGAGUGGGGGCUGCCUGGCUUCGUGAAAGCGAUUUUGGGAACCAGUAGGACUUUGACAUACAUCAAAGAACAUUCCAUUGUGGAUCCAGUAGAAAAGAAAAUGGAACUUUGUUCCACCAAUAUCACACUCACAAACUUGGUGUCAGUGAACGAGAGGCUGGUAUACACACCCCAUCCGGAGGACCCUGAAAUGACUGUGCUCACACAAGAAGCCAUCAUCACCGUGAAGGGGAUCAGCCUCGGCAGCUACCUGGAAAGUCUGAUGGCCAACACAAUAUCAUCCAAUGCAAAGAAGGUCCCUAGCUGGAGGGCUGCCUUAGUGAGGCGGACACUGCUCACGGAGUCCAGGUUGCCCCUCCUCUCCAGCACAGCUGAUGGAAAGAGCUUGGAUGUGUGGAAGCCGUUAUACGAGUUCAAGGUAAUGUCACUCGAAUUCAAGGUAAUGUCACUCGCCAGAGCAGGGCCUUUGCUAUUUAGCUUACCUCACUGGCUGACGUCUUCCUGGCUGUCCUCCCUUCCCCUGCUCUCUCCUGGUUUGUUUUGGUCAGAAGCAAUUCUUCAUUUUGGGGAUCUGUGGGAUGCCUACCGUGCUUGGCAUAAUUUAACUGGAAAGCCACUCACUUCUGGCUCGCAUUUAGCCUAGGCACUGAUAGAAGAGCAAGUCUUCCCUGUUUUUAAGAAAAACCCCGAUUUGAGAAAUGUUGGCAUUAGCUCAGCUCAGUUCAGGGGAGGGCGGGGAAGGGGGUAUGCAGUGCCCAGAGCCGCAUGCCUCGUGUCCUCACUGCAGGCCCUCUUGGGAGGAGACAGAACCUUACUUACCUUUGUGUGGCCAGUGUCUGGCCUAGGGCAGGCGCCCUAAAUGUUUGCUGAAGAAAAUAAAUUAUAGGAGGAAGGGACUACUUGGUGAGUCCAAAGCGACCUGAGACCUCUUAUGAGAAAAGUCAGGGGAAACUCAGUGAGGCCAAAUGAUUUUAUUUCACUUUACGUUAGUGACUGCUGUGUUGAAUCACUCCCCCCCACCCACCCCUGCUCCAGCUGUGUUACCACUUCAGUGCAUCCCAGCAGCUAGGAAGAUGCCGGAACAGAAGACAGGAGAAGGGGAGCAGGUCAUCCUGGGAUUUGGGUGGGAUGAGUCAUUGAGAAGGCGGUGAGGCUGCCCCCUCGUCCUGCACUCAGGAGAUGAUAGCGUAGAUGGUAGGUGCCCGUGUUGGUGCAGCCUGAGCCUGUGCGAGAAUUUCAGGCAGAACACCUACCACCUUAUUUCUGAGCUUGAAAAACUGCCUGCUUACGGUGAAAGGUUAUUCACAAAUGGUUACUGUGUCUCCUUUAAAGCCGCAGCGCUUUCCUUGUGCCAUUUAAAAUCCAGGUUGUGGCUGGCCGUCUGCAGUUCGAGAAGCAGGAUUUCUUACACCGUGUUGAACUCUUUCUUUGUUGCUCCAGGGGUGGGCUGCUAUUGAGUGGAUAAUUGAAAAUUCUGAGCACGCUGUGAGCUAACGGGGUCUGCACCUGCACCUUGUGAUGAACAGUGGUAACUAUGGUAUUCUUUAACCCAGUAGAGAACCUAGCAUCUUGCUAACUGUGUGCAUGGUGUGCAGUGGGGAGUGUUUACAGGUGCAGCUGCAUGUGUCUCCAGCCCGGCGCUCCUUAGUGUCUUCUGUAACGGAAGCAGUCAUUAGUUCAUCCUCUUCCUAAAUUAUCUUGUUUCAUGGCAGGAUUUAUUUCCCAGGAAGACUUGAUCAUUUGUUAUCUGGUCUCAGAUAGAGGCAGUUCAGAUUUUCCCAAGCCAUUCUCAGGACCUGCUUGCCUAAACAUUUCCUGUCAUUAGCGCAUUAUCAGAAGGAGGCUUUCACUAGUAGUUCCAGACGGUGUCAAAGGCUGAUCAAAUGGGAGAAUUUUUUCAUUUCGGGCAGGGUCUGAAUAUUUGUACAUGUUCUUAUAAAGAAUGCUAUGUGCCUUUGUGUCAGCGCUGCGGGCUCGGGGGGAAUCCUGCUCCUCGCCUGCUGCCAGCCAGCACCCAGCCACGUGACUGCCGCUGGCUUUUUUCUUUUAGUGGCAGAAGCCAUUUCUAGCAUCUUCUUGAGCUUCACAAACAUUCCUUGAUUUCCUAGGCCACCAGUGACUGGACCGUCAGGAAGGGAUUUGACACUUAAUUGGUCGGCAGUCAUCUUCAUACUUCGUAGGAAAGUCAGGGUUUCCUGCUUCCCUCUGUUUAGGGAAUCCUUAUACUCCUGCCUUGAAACCCCUCACCCUAUUGAUUUUCCAUACUGUGCUGCUCUGGGCCCCGCUUCCCACGGUUGGUCUGUCUGUGUGUCUGCAGCAUGUGUGUGUCAGCAAAUGGGGAUUGUGUGGUUCAGCCUCCUUUAAAAGCUUCCUACUGGAGCCUAAGUUUGCCAGAGCCCUUCACCUUGAAUCCAAGGUUGUGAUCUGCCGCUGGGUCUCUCUUCUUCCAUGGACGCACCACUAAGGUGGCCACGCAUAGAGAGCCUGCCGGCCUGGUGAGCAUAGUGUGUGUGGGCAGUGUGGUGUGUGUGAUGUGUCACUCUGAGUUGUGGACUCUGUCACAUUCUGUUUCCUCAUAAACUAGAGCUAAAUUGCCUCAAUCUUUGAUCAGAUGCCUCACCCAAAAAAUCAAAGAAGAAAGAACAAAAGAAAAAAAAGGAAGGAAGAAGGCAAGGAAGAAAAAAGGAAGAACUAAGCGAGCCUUGAAUAUGGUUCGACCAGUCUGGGAGAGGUGUGGAAACUUCUGUAAUCUGCCACUUGCCUGGUCACAGCCUCCACCGGGCUCUUCGGCUGCGACAUCUCAAGACAGGAGGCCUGUCUGUUGCAGAAUGAGACCCACAGAAGAGAAGACCCCUAUAUCAGGAGAAGGGCAAGGGCUGCAAAGCUGUCACCCUGCCGCUGCCCACGGCCCCACUGCCCCUGGGCCAGUGUUGUCAGACUGCUCUUGUGCCUUGUCUGUUCUCCCCUAGGUAGCAGCUCCCGGCAGUUUUCUGCUGACUCUUGGGAUCUUACUAAACCACUCUUUUCCUGGUGACUCCCCGUAUCCCACCCGUACCCCUUGAUCACCUGUCUGCACCGACAGCCUCUUCACACAUAUCUGGGCGCUGUCACUUCAGAUGCCGCUGUGGUGCGUCCUUCUCACCAUUAGUGCAGAUCUGCCCACGCUGGAGUAGGGGCGUCCAUCCCCACAGCUGCGUGUGUGGGGACAGUACCGUGAGUUCUCCUGUCUCACGGUUGGAAUUGGUCAGGGGAGCCAAGCACUGUGUCCCAUGCUGCAGCUGGCUUGUCCUGCGCUCUGGGACCAGAGGCCCCAGGGGCUGAAGGCCUGUGUUACUUGUCAUUGUUCAGACCUGUCUGUGGGGAUGCUCACACAGAGUGGCUGUGACGAAGUAGUAAAAGUGCUUAUGAGCCUAAGCUGUCGUGUUAGCUUUAGGGUACUUCCAGGUGGGAAUUUUAACUUUCCUGUUUUCAAAAGUCGAAUGUAAAAUCUUUCAGUAUGCUUCAAAUUCUAAAAACUUGAGAGAAGGCCUCCUCCGUAAACAAUGAGUAGCACUGUGUUCUUCUGUUUUUUAGGUCGUGUUUUUUGUUUGAUAACAGUACUUCUAAUCCAAAAGGAAAUGACAUUCAUUUAUAUUUGUAUCAGAAUGUUUUAUGCAUAAAGCUUAUGGCAACACAGAAUUAAAAGAUUUACGGUAAAAACAAACCCCCCUCACCCCUUUGGAAAAGCGUUUUUCUGUCCUGCUGAGGGAACGCUCAACUCUUUUGGCAGCUUUUGGCUUUUGCUGCUAGAUUUAUAAAUAAAUAAACAUACCCUGUUAUUUCUUGAUUUGCCAAAUUUAGACGCUAUCUAGGAAUUAUUUACCUCUUUGGUAGAUUAUUAUUUUCUCUCUCUUAUAUCUUCCUUCUCUCUCCCUUUCCCCCAAAAUAGCUAUAUCGUUUAUGGUUGAAAGCACAGAGUUUCCGUAAUUUCGAAAGUACAAAUGCCUAACUGUUGUUUAUUACUAAGCCAUAAUUGCAUUUUCCUUCUUAUGCAAUUUCCCCCCACCUAGGGGAUGAUAAUUCUUUUCAUCUGUUUAAUUUUAUUUUUUAAAAGUCUCUGGCUGAGUUCUUCCAUACUCUUACCCACUGUUAGCAGUACGUCAUAACGUUAUUUUCCACGGGUCCGUCUUUUUGGGCAGCACAACCAUUCCCAGUUUCCAUGGCGCCAUCCAUUCUGGAAGCCAGGCCUCACUCUCUGACCAAACAGCCACGUGGCUGUCAUCCCCUUUUCUGGGCAUUCCUGGGCAUUUCCUUGGCCUUCUCUCCUGGAGCCCUUGUUUCCCUGCUUCCCUGCCUUCCUCUUUCUCUUUACUGUUACAAGAUGGGGAAGGACAUCUCUUUGUGGUUUCUAAGACUUGGUACAUCUGAAAAUGUCUUUUCUGUUCUCAUACUUUGUUCACAGCAUAGCUUGACAUACAGUUCUUUAAAAAAAUAUUUUCAUUCAGAAUUUUGAAGGCAUUUUUCUGUUUUUUUCCACUCAGAUUAUCAACUUCUGUAUAUGAAUUAUUUCUCUCUCUGGAAGCUUUUAGGGUCUUUUUAUCCUUGAUGUUCUGAAAUUUCAUGAGGUUAAGCCUUAUUUCAAGUGAUCUUUUAAUAUUAUUAUUAUUAUGUUUAUUUUAUUUUUGAGAGAGAGAGAGCACGAGUGGGAGAGGGGCAGAGAGAGAGGGAGACACAGGAUCUGAAGGAGGCUCCGAAUCUGAACUGUCAAC